AUAGGCGUGAAGCAUGUCGUUUAUACAAAUACUGCUUUAAAAGAUUUGCAAGUGGCAACUGUUAUUCAAGAAAUUAAAGAAAAAAAGGCAAUUUUACAAAAAAAGAAAAGAAAAUCAGGAACGAAUAAGGAUCAUCUUCAAAGAGCAGUUGAUAAAAUGGACGAUGAAAUGAAGCGCUUAAGAGAAAUGAACAAUGAAGAAAGGUGGAAUUCAAUGUUCAACUUUAAAUCAAUCCAAAGAGGUCGAAAAAAAUUAAAGAAUGGUGGUAAAUUCUCUGGUACAAUAACGACAAAUGGUGUGGACGUGUCAGUAAUUUUUGAUUUACCCACAAAACAUGAUGUUGUGCAAUCAAAGAAGAAAGUUGGAAGUUACAAAAAAUUUUGUGGUUUUGAUCCUGGUGCGAGGGCGACUCUGGCUGGUGUCAGUAGAGAAAACGAUCCUAAUCCAACCACUAAUGUAAAAAAGGAUUCAGCUAUUUACAUUGGUAGUUGGAUGAUGAGAUGGCAGAUGGGCGACUACAGAAGAAGAGAAUUAAUGAAGAAAAAAGGUAUAGACAUGCAAAAAUAUUACAAGCAACUUGCUGAGGAUCCAUGGAUGGAAAAUUUUUGCAUGACUAAUCCUCGAGAUCGCCAUCGCAUAACAAAAUAUAGAAUACAUCUUUUACAAAAUUUCCAAUCACUUCAUCAAAAAAGAUCCGUAACGCGUUUAAAAAUAGAUCAAUAUUCGGCGCACAAACGAGAAGUUGAUCAACUUGUAAAUUGGAUAGUAGGUGAUACAAGGAAGAAACCCUGUUUCGUUGCUAUUAAUGGAGCAGAAAUACCUAAUUUUAUCAAAGGAUACACUAAAGCUCCUUUGAAACGUAUUCAACAAACUCUUUUCCAAAGAUCAGAAGAAUUAGGAAAAGAUAAAUUGCAAGUCGUGAAAGUAAAUGAGUUUAAUACAACAAAAAUGUGUAGUCGCUGUGUGAGACCACUUAAAAUAUCAAAAAGUCCCCAUCGCUACACUUAUUGUGCGAAAUGCAAGACAACGUGGGAAAGAGAUGUAAAUGCAGGACGCAAUAUUCUUAAUCUUGCACUUGUUCAAGAAAAAAUCAUACCAAAGGAUUCCAUAAAAAAUCAUUAUCUAUUUCGGAUCAAAAAUGAUGACAUUGAACAUGAGGCUGCAGAAUUGCAGAAAUAAUUUUUCCCAUCACUUUCAACAUUCAUUUUUAAAUCACUAAGUAAAUCUUUUCAAGGACUUAGAAAAGGAGGAACCUCAACAACCGGAAAUACAAAUUUCUACGAUGGACAAUAUACUGCUUAAUUGCGGAUAUAAUUUAACAAAACAUUAUUCGGUCCUGGUGGUGAUAACUUUUUGCCAUUGUACAUACCGGGAGAUCUCUUGAGAUCCGAACCAGCCUGUAAAAAGGCAUACCAGGUUUUUUAAGAAAUUAAAAAACAUGCUACUUCUUUUAUUGAUUAUUGUUUGAAUUUUUCAAAUUUUUUAUAAAAACAAAAGCACAUUUGUGUUUUUUUUUAUAAAUUAAAAUAAUCAAUAAUAGGA